UAAAAGUAUGGUUUUCAUGGAAGUUGUAAAUCCAUUAUGAAAAGGAGGCAGUGUGUUAGUGUGAAAACUUUUGUGUGGUGGGUAGGGAAGUGUGCAGUGCAUAUAAAAGGGGUAAUAACUUGUAUGAGUCAGAGAAGGCUUCUUGGAAGAAGGCAUGUCUAAUUGGGGAUUUGAAGGAGUUUAAUCAGGGAGAAGAGUGUGAUGAGUGAGCUGUUCUAGAAAGGGUAGACAUGUUAAAAUGCUGAAAAGUGAGGAUUGGACUUACUGAAGACACUUAAAAUUCACUCAGCCUCUCAAAACUCUAUGGCAAGAAGGUUGGAGGUUGGAGAGUUAAAGGCUAAAUCAUGAAGAUCUUUUUGGUUAUGUUAAGACUAUGGAACCUCUUUUAGUGCAGUGAUGAGCCAUUCAAGAAUGGAUGUAAGAGUGACAUAAUCAGAUUUGCAUUUAAAAGAUUGCUUUUAAAUACAGAAAAAGAAUUUGAAGAACAAGAUAUUGAAGGCAAGAAGAUCUAUUAAGGCAUUGUUAAAAGUUUCUAAAUCUGAAAUGUUAAUGGCCUGUACCACUAGAGUAGUAAGAAUGGAGAGUAAGAUGGAUUUGUAGGUCUUAGCGAUUGGUUGUUGAUAUUAAUUGUCAGGUAACUUGGAGGGUCAGACAGACCAGUUAGAAGCUAUUAUAUCAAGUAUGAUUGAAAAAUACAAUGAAUGUUUAUAUAAAAAAAUUGCCACGGUAAAAUACACAUUAACAUUAAUCACUUUUAGAAUGCUUUCUCUUGCCUAAGAUACACUUAUUCUUUCCACUUUCUGAAACAGUUCUGGAAGUUCUCUUUUGUGACUGUCUUUAGUUGUGCUGUUGUGACUACCUUAAUAUACUGAGUUGAUUCAAAACAUUUGCCUUUCAUGAUCAUUUUGACUUUGUGAUAGAGCCGGAAAUUGCACAGUACCAGAUUCAUUGAAUAAGGAAGAUGACGAUAUACCAUAAUGUUCUGUGUUUCUGUGGAUGGCACUUAGUAGCAGCAUUCAUAGUGUUUUUGAUCAGCCCAAGUAAAGACACAAAAGAACACUUGUAGAAUUACUUCAGAAAGUAGCAAAAAUGAUGGAAUAAAUGUUUUUGAACUGAGGGAGGUAUUCUGAUGGGGCUAAUGGCAGUGUGUCUUUUAAUGUAAUAUAUAAAAAUUUAAACAUUCAAUGUGUAUUUUGCUCAUAUCUUAUAAUAACAAAGUGAGAGAUGAUAAUACUUGGCACAAAGUUGUUUGAAUUGAAGUUGGUAAACCCUGAGCAGAUUCUGGAUACAUUUUGCAGUCAGGAGAAAUUUGCAGAAGGACUAGUUGUGGUAUGUGAAAGAGAUGUUAAGGAUGACUCCCUAUUUUUUCUUUUUGGCUUCAACAACCUGGAGGAUGGAAUUACCAUUUACUGAGAUGGAGGUACCAGGUACUGCAGAGAAUGCACGAUCAUGUGUCCGAGCUUAUUUUUCUGAUCUGCAUGAAACUCUGUGUCGUCAAGAAGAAAUGGCUUUAAGUGUUGUUGAUGCUCAUGUUCGUGAAAAACUGAUUUGGCUCAGGCAGCAACAAGAAGAUAUGACUAUUUUGUUGUCUCAAGUUUCAACUGCUUGCCUCCAUUGUGAAAAAACUUUGCAGCAGGAUGAUUGUAGAGUUGUCUUGGCAAAACAGGAAAUUACAAGAUUAUUGGAAACAUUGCAGAAACAGCAACACCAGUUUACAGAGGUUGCAGAUCAUAUUCAGUUGGAUGCCAGCAUCCCUGUCACUUUUACAAAGGACAACAGAGUUCACAUUGGACCCAAAAUGGAAAUUCGUGUUGUUACAUUGGGAUUAGAUGGUGCUGGAAAAACUACUAUUUUGUUUAAGUUAAAACAGGAUGAGUUCAUGCAGCCCAUUCCAACAAUUGGUUUUAAUGUGGAAACUGUAGAAUAUAAAAAUUUAAAAUUCACCAUUUGGGAUGUAGGUGGAAAACACAAAUUAAGACCAUUGUGGAAACAUUAUUACCUCAAUACUCAAGCUGUUGUAUUUGUUGUUGAUAGCAGUCACAGAGACAGAAUUAAUGAAGCACACAGUGAACUUGCAAAGUUGUUAACAGAAAAAGAACUCCGAGAUGCUUUGCUCCUGAUUUUUGCUAACAAACAGGAUGUUGCUGGAGCACUGUCAGUAGAAGAAAUCACUGAACUUCUCAGUCUUCAUAAGUUAUGCUGUGGCCGUAGCUGGUACAUUCAGGGCUGUGAUGCUCGAAGUGGUAUGGGGCUGUAUGAAGGAUUGGACUGGCUUUCACGGCAACUUGUAGCUGCUGGAGUAUUGGAUGUUGCUUGAUUUCAAAUGCCGCAAUUAUUUAGUUUUGUGGUUCAGAGUUAUUUUGCAUGUAGUACAUAAGAAAUUCUAUAUCACAAAUAUGAUAGUUAAUUAACAAUGUGCACAGAAAAGAAUCUUGGACUGGGAAUGAGGUAGGUUAUUACUUUUAAGAAAUUAUUCUGUGACAAAAUUUGAAUUAUAGUAGAUUAGUUUGAAUUAACUAGAGAUUUCUUAGAUAUACAUUCUUUUAAAAAGUAUAUUUAAGAUUUCCAGAUUAUAUAUUACCCCAUAUAUUGGGAAGAAAGGUGUCAUAGAGAUAGGACAAAAUGAAGGUUUUGUUUUUCCCAGUGAAAAACAGAUAAGCUAAUUGAGUACCUUUUGUAGCCUGUGUAGAACAAGGAAGUUGUUAUUUCUUAAACUUGCCUUUCUACUGAAUUUUGGCUACUUAUUAGUAGACGUGGCAGUUACUUAAUGAAACAGAAUAAACUGCACUUGGUGGUAAUAGGAUUACUUCACUGUUCAGUAUAACAGAACAUCUUUAAUGCAAAGAGGUAUAAAGAAUAAAGUGAAUAUUUUAUACAAUGUUUUAUUAAAAUUUUUCUCCUAAAGCAUUUUGUAUAAAACACAGAAUGAAAUGUUAAUUAACUAGGCUUGAGUGUCAGAUUAGUACUACUAAAAUACAGAGCAAUUAAUAAAGUAUGAAAGUCAUUUGAUCUUCACCUAGGUUUAUUUCCUAGUCAGAACUCUAAAUUGGUCUUUCUACUUUUCAAUGUAUUGUGCUUUUUUGUUUUGUUUUGUUUUGUUUUUUGUUUAAGAACACUAUCCUUUGGGGGAGUCACUGUAGGUAAAACAAAGUCAACAAAAAGAACCAGUUUGUGGUUCUUUACAUAAGAGACCUAAAUAACUUUACAUACAACAAAGCAUUAAAUCAGCUUUACAUAAAAGAAACUAAAUAGAAAACAAUAUUUAUUUCCUACCUAUUACUUAUUUUGAAAAUAUUUCCCAAAAUAAGUGCAUUUAUUCAACAAAAAACAUGGUUAAGGCUUUUCAUGACAAAGCUUCAUAGUUAUUUAAGAGAAAAGACAUGUCUACAGAAGGAAACAAAACUUUGAGAAAGUUUACAUUUGUUAUGCAGUAUUGUGAAUAAAAGUAAAAAGAUCGUGCUGUACUGUUUCUCAUUUUUAAAUGAUACUCACAGAAGCAUGAUUUUAUAUAUUUAAAUGGCUAUAGUUUUUCUUCUAUGCUCUUCAUACUUUGGGGUGAAGUUCAACCUUCAGUCUUAUUAGCCGAAUUAUUGUAAGGACAAUGAUGUCUGAUGACAAGAUGUGACUCAGGUGGUACUGUUUUGGUUCACUUUUCAGAUGUUUUUUAAACAAUUUUAGAAAAACAAAGCAUUUAAAAGUCCAUCAGUGUUAUGGGCAAUAUGUAAAUAGGUAUAUUUUGUCCUUUAUUUUUCAAGUAAAAGGUCAUGCUAUUACUGGUAGUUUGUGUGCAUAAGUGAUACUUUGGAAUUAAAUUAUUUAAUAUUUGACUGAUUUCAAUGUAACUGUGAAAAACACAAAUGGUGUCGCAUUUGCCUGUGAACCCUUAAACUGUUUUCUAUACUUGGUGAUUGAAAAAAAUGUAACAUUAACAUGUAAACUUGCUUUCCCUAUAAAUUAUUAUUUGAAUAAUUUGCUAAACUUUGUAAUUUACGUGCUUAGUGUAUAACUGAACACAAUUUUAAAACUUGGCUCAGACCUGACUAUAAUGUAUAUAUAUUAGUAGGGUUUAUGUUUGAUUUUUCUUAAAAAAGUAUUGUUUUCAUGCUCCCAUUACUAUUUGUGGUUGUUGUAGUCUUUCAUUAAUAAUUAGUCAUGAUUGUGCUAAUUUCCUCUAGGAAAUGUCAAACUUAAGAAUAACAGAUGUUUUAAAUACACUAUGUUAAGAUUUGCCUCCUAGCUCUGAAUUUCUGCGUUGUCUAAUACUGUAAGGGUUAUGUAAAGUUAUGUCAAGUAUAUCACUCUGGUUUAUAAUUUAGGAAUGCUUAAAACCACCAGAAGACAUUAUUUGCUUUACACAUACGAUCAGUAUAGACAGUAAUAAAAUAUUAAAAUCAUUAUAA